AAAAAAAAAAUGACGCCGACGGUUGCCAGUAGUAGAGAUGGCGUCGAAGGGACUCCGGCAUAGAAAUAGACGAGGAAGCAAACAAGACACAAACAACGUGAACCCCAGUCUUCCCAGUGACACCCGGACAGCAAAGGACGAAAAAGGGACCGAGGACGUUAAAACGCCAGAAACGCGCAAUGAGUCCUCCAGCAAGGCAGGCCAGGUUUGGGCACCUGAGGGUUCCACCGCCUUCAAGUGCCUGGUGUCUGCCCGCUUCUGUGCGGCGUUGCUUAGCAACAUCUCCGACUGUGACGAGACUUACAAUUACUGGGAGCCUACACACUACUUAUUGUAUGGCAAAGGCAUGCAAACGUGGGAGUAUUCCCCAACAUAUGCCAUCCGCUCCUAUGCCUACCUGUGGCUCCACGCUCUGCCAGCCUGUUUCCAUGCCAAGAUCCUGCAGACCAACAAGGCGUUGGUGUUCUACUUCCUGCGAUGUGUGUUGGCAUUCAGCUGCUGCGUGUGUGAGCUCUACUUCUACAAGGCUGUGUGCAAGAAGUUCGGCCUGCAUGUGGGUCGUCUCAUGCUGGCCUUCCUGGUUCUGAGCGCGGGGAUGUUCUGCUCCUCGGCAGCCUUUCUGCCCAGCACUUUCUGCAUGUACUGCACCCUGGUGGCCAUGACGGGGUGGUACCAGGACAGACCCAGUUUGGCCGUUCUGGGGGUGGCGGCCGGCGCCAUCGUGGGCUGGCCUUUUAGCGUCCUCUUGGGGCUGCCCAUCGCCCUCGACUUGCUGCUCCUGAAACGCAAAUGGAAGAGCUUCCUCACCUGGACUCUGGUGUCAUUGCUGCUCUUCCUGGCCCCCGUCGUGGCCGUGGAUAGUUACUACUAUGGAAAGCUUGUGAUCGCGCCGCUGAACAUCAUCCUGUACAAUGUCUUCACUCCACAUGGGCCGGACCUAUACGGCACGGAGCCCUGGCAGUAUUACUUCGUGAAUGGAUUCCUCAACUUCAACGUGGUGUUUGUGCUGGCCCUGCUCUCCCUACCCCUAACAGCACUUAUGGAGGCCCUGUUGCAGAGGUUCAACGGUGAGCCGAUGCCCCCCAUCAAUCCCUGCCCCUCGCUCAUCACGCCGUCCCAGCCACGAGCAGCAAAGUCAAACAUCAUGCAGAACCUGGGCCGCCCAUACUGGCUCACCCUGUCCCCCAUGUAUCUGUGGAUGCUGGUGUUCUUCACGAGGCCCCAUAAGGAGGAGCGCUUCUUGUUCCCCAUCUACCCCCUAAUCUGCCUAUGUGGGGCUGUGGCUCUUUCCUCCUUGCAGAAGUGCUACCACUUCCUCUUCCAGCGGUACCGCUUGGAGCACUACACCAUCUCUUCCAACUGGCUGGCUCUGGGCGCCGUCGUUCUGUUCGCCGUGCUUUCCCUGUCACGCUCUGUGGCCCUCUUUAGAGGCUACCACACGCCUCUGGACCUCUACCCGGAGUUCCACCGCAUCGCCAAGGACCCCACCGUGCACACGGCCCCCGAGGGCCGGCCCGUCACCGUCUGCGUGGGGAAAGAGUGGCAUCGCUACCCCAGCAGCUUUCUCCUGCCCAACAACUUUCAGCUCCAGUUCAUCCAGUCUGAGUUCCGGGGUCAGCUGCCCAAACCAUUUAGCCAGGGACCCCUGGCGACCCAGACCAUCCCCUCAAACAUGAACGACCAGAACCUGGAAGAGCCCUCGCGAUACGUGGACAUCAAACAGUGCCAUUACCUGGUGGACCUGGACACGGAGCGGCAGGCACCGCGGGAGCCGCGCUACACCGCCAGCAAGGACGAGUGGACGGUCGUCGCCUACAAGCCCUUCCUGGAUGCCACCAGGUCGUCCCGCCUCCUCAGGGCCUUCUUCAUUCCCUUCCUGUCCGAACAGCACACCACCUACAGCAAUUACGUCAUCCUGAAGCCGCGGCGGACGAAGCAGGCCAAAAAGCGGGGGCAGCCCUGACCUCGGCGACUGCAGCCUCUCCGCGUGUUACAGGGACCAUCUCUCCUGACGCUUUCCCCCCACACCAUCCCCACCCCCACCGAGCUCAGUCACUGUCCUCACCGCUCCUACCUUGUUGGCAGCCCGUAUUGUGCAGGGCGUCAGUCCUCGCUUAUGCUCUGGUGACUGCGAAGCAUCGUCAAGGUGACAACCCUUAGCCGCCAGCCAAAGAUCAAAUGUGAUUGGAUGGCAGCCAUCUGAGCAAGGACUGGUUGAGAAAAUGACACACAGUGCAGGACUACAGACAGCCCCCAUCACCCCCCCAAUGCAUGCAUUCUGUACCACUCAUACAUUCCCUUGAUCUCCGAUGAUGCACCUGCCCUCCCCCCCCCAAAAAAAAAAAACCCGAAGUUCUCUGAAGACUCGACUAGCCCCUUUAUGCUCCUGUCUGCCAUGUCCUUGAUGUCUUGAGAUUCCGAGGUGGAUGUUGCAGCAGCUUUCUUGUCCUGGUCUCCUUCGGACCUGUGGUGAUUUGUUGCCUGUCAUAAUUUUUUGUUUAAUCUGUGAACACGGAGCUGUGACUCAGCCCUUUGACCCCCUAUCUCCUCUCCUAACAACUCGUGGAAGGGCUCACAUCUUCAGACCGUAAACAGCAGGACUCCUGCAGGUUUGCCAUUGACCGUACCAUCUCUUCAGAGAAUCAUAAAUCCUCGAUCGUCGGCCUGAUUUCGUGACGGUCCCCGAGGGACAUCAGGCCGUGUCUGGUGAAUGUUUACAUUUGGACCAUCUUGUGUUUUGUGCAAGGAAAUCGGAACAGUGUUAACUGUAAUAAUAACAUUAUCGAAUAAAAGCCUGUCUUAAUGAAUAAAA